UCGGUCGCAAACGGUGUGGGAUUACAACGCAAUCGCAAGAAAAAUUAAAAAAAAAGUUUUUUUUUUCGUUCAAAGCGAGGCGCUGUUUAAUUAAAUAUAGAAAAAGAAGACUUAAGAGAAGUUUAAAAUUCGGAGCAAGUCAGUGAAUCAGAAUUGAUUUUUCGUUUUCCAAAAAUAUAAAAGCAGAUCAUCUGAAACAAAGUUAUCCAGUAAGACAGACAACGAGUUUACUGUACCCACAUAAAGUGCUUGCUUUUUGUUACUUGUGGCAUUUAAGAUCUUGUGGUUUGAACUUUUCAUUUUUAUAUUCAGUGACACAUUUUUCGAACCCAUAUCGAACUAUUAAACUGUUUUGAAACGAGCCAACCAUCCAAGUUGUUUCCUAUUUGUGAAUUCUGAGCAUUUUCCCAUUGACAACAAUAAGGGCCAACAUCAGUUGUAUCAGGAAACCUACUCACGUCGCAUACAUUUCACAUGGAUGAUGAUGUUUUAUUAAACUGCCAUCAAUUUGCAUAAUUUCCUUCUCUUCUUCUUUUUUUUUUUUGAAGUGGAAGUUGAAAGUGAUAACGUAAUAUGCAAAUAUGCGAAAAACGAUUUGUGUGAUAAACAUCGACAAAUAUUGUGCACAGUUUUCAUGAAUAAAACUGCGACACAUUCAAUAUUGUGUGAAUUUUAUUUUUAAGAUUUUCUACUGGUUGAAAAGUAAAGUAGAAGAAAACCAUUAAGAAACAUCGCCGAAAGCUUCUUUCAGUGAUUUGUGAGUCAACAGAAUUAGGUGAAGAGGCAAAAAAAACCAAUUUCGUCAUAAAUAAUGACGAUGGAAGAUUCAAGAACUCAGCGACCUUAUCGCUAUGGAAUGAUUUUAUUAUGUCUUGGUGCACUCAUAAACUGGCUGGGAAUAUCAGAGCCAACACCAAAUGCUGAACCAAUUAGAUAUUUAGGUGUUGCAUGCAUUCUCGGUGGCGCAUUGUUAAUUAUGACUGCAAUGUGCUGUUGGUUGAAAGCACCAAAUAGAACGAGUGAUGCCACUGAAGAGAGUACCGAUCCAGUUCAUGUCAUAACAAUCUCGGAUGAGAGACGUCGCGAGAAGCCGCCAGAUUAUGAUCAAGUCACAUCUUUACCUCCUAGUUACGAUGAAGCUUUAAAACUUGAUCCAACGGCUUUAAUUACGCAAGGAAAUAUUUUUUUACCACCUCAAACUCCCGUUAAUGGAACGGCUAAUAAUGCGUUUAGUUUAUCAAAUGAAUUAUCUCGGCCCAGCUCAUCAUCUUAUCCUAGCACCAUGAUCAUCAAUAAACUUAAAUCGACAAGUGGAAUGAUAGCAAAAGUUGAAAAAAGUGAACCACCGCCUUACUCGAUAACACCAAGCUGAUUCACUGUCAUUUGAAUCGACAUUAAUAUUAAUCCAUCCAUUUAAAUUUUAAGGCAACAAAAACUAUUUUAAAUAUUUAACUUUCUGUUUAUAACAUCCGUACGACGUACGUGAAGUGAGAGAAGAAUUUGUUGUGAUAUACAUCGGACCAGACGAAAGUGAGAUCUGAAUAAUUGGUGACGAUAACGUCGUCUAUGUUUGAGAGUAAAAGAUUCUUUGUCUCAUUUCUCAUGUUAUUUUCUUUUUAAUUUUUCGUGAGAAGAUAAAAUUGUUGUCAUUAAUUUAAAAUGUUAGAGACUUAUACUAUCGUGAUGUUUAAAAGUCACCUACUUUGUCCGACGCCAAGUACUUUUUAGAAAACAGCAUUCAACUUCAUUGUCGUCGGUUGGAAGAUCUAUUAGGAUGUGAAAGUAAAAAACAAUUCGACUCAUGAAAUCAUUAAUUUCAUUUAAUUACAAUCGCCGUAAGACGAAGCAUCUUUCUAAUGGCAUUUGCCCAGUAUAAUUGUGCAAUUAAGGAGAUUGUAAAAGAGCUUGAAGAGAAAAUUCAUAUUACAAUCACGUUCGAUGUUGCCAAAUAGUUUUUCACCAUUCCAACAAUUAAAUGUUUUGAAAAAGCAACAUAAAAUAAGAUUCUGAAUCGAGGUGGAAAGGAUUACGUGGGUGGUUUGAUGUUCAUAAAAUGAGCGCGGGAAAAUUAAGCUCAUAAAUUCAUUUGGAUAUUGUAAAUCGAUUUUAAAUAGCGUUUCGGACCAUGAACCCAACAAAAAUCAUUAAAAUUCCGUGGCGAUUAUAAUGAAUUUCUAGUUUUAUGCAAGUUUUUCCACUUAAUGAAAACUGAAAUUUUAAUAUUACUGCAAUAAUUUCCCAUGGCAGCCAGAAGAUUAAAAAAAGCAUAAUUUAAAUGCUCAAAUUAAGU